AUGGCUGAGCUCGAAUAUGUCCCUCCCGCGGCUUCGGCGGAGGCUUCCCUCAAAGGCAGCGGCCUACGCGACGAACAUGAGCUCCCCCAAAAAACUGGCUCCCAGCCAUUGCCACCUGAUAGCAGUGGAGAGAACGAUUCCUCUAUUGACGGGGAAAACAAAGUAUAUAUGGAUGUCUCCCCGACCGCUACCACUCCCAAUCCAGGACCCCUUCGGCAAGAGGCCAAGGAUUUCUCCUCACGGACAGCAGACAAUCUUGAGCAGACAGAAACAGCUGUUGCCAUUGAGAAUACAGAUGCAGAAGAACCUAAUCCAGGCAGUGGGGUAACAGCUCUUGAACCCCAUGAAGGCGCUGAGGGUUCUGCACAUAACGAAUCGGAGAUGGCAAAAUCUCCGUCGCCAGAGGAUGAUACAGCAACAGAUCUAUUCCAAGCGCGAGCGAGCACAUUUGAUGUCAGAACGCGCUCAGACUCAAGGUCUACCGUCGCAACUCAGAACGCCCAACGAUCUACGCCAAUUAGCUCCGCUGUGUUCAUUUUAACUGCACUCGAUACAAUCGGGUCUUCAAAGGAUGCACGGCGGAGCAAGGAGUUGGAAGAAGCUGUGGCCAAAGCUCGUGCGAAUAUUAAACAAUCCGAUGAACAACCUAUUGAUCCAGAAGCCAUAUUUGCACCGUUACAGCUGGCUACGAAGACGCUUAGCAUACCCUUACAGGUGACAGCUCUAGACUGUAUCGGCAAGCUGAUCACCUAUUCUUAUUUCGCCUUCCCGUCCAUCCCUUCUGCUGGUGAAGAUCCACAGGCAACCCCCGAUCAACUUCCACUUAUAGAGCGUGCUAUUGAGACAAUUUGUUCUUGUUUUGAGAAUGAAUCAACCCCACCUGAAAUUCAACAACAGAUCAUUAAGUCCCUCCUCGCCGCCGUACUGAAUGACAAAAUUGUCGUCCACGGAGCUGGUCUUCUAAAGGCUGUUAGACAAAUAUAUAAUAUCUUUAUAUAUUCCAAAUCUAGUCAAAACCAACAAAUUGCCCAAGGGUCACUCACCCAGAUGGUAGGCACUGUGUACGACAGGGUCCGCGUUCGUUUGGAUCUUAAGGAGACUCAGAUUCGCGACAGGGAAGACCAUGAUGGUUCCUCACCAGCUCCUGACUCAAUCAGCCAGGCCAAUGGUGACUUGCGAAGCGAGCAAGAUUCGUCAUCUGAAGCUUCCCAACCUGUUCCUGACCAACCCGUCGCCAAGGAUUUGACGGAGAAGCUCACCCUGCAGAGUUUUGAAACAAAUAAGGACACUCUUCUAGUCAACGAUAAUGCUCCAACAAUGGUUACGCGAGCGAAAGUUAGCAGGAAGCUUGAAAAGUCUGUAUCUGGCGACGAAGGUGAUUCCUUCGCCGACGACGACGUGGAUGAAAUAUAUGUGAAAGAUGCCUUCCUCGUUUUCCGCGCAUUGUGCAAACUCAGUCAUAAAGCUCUUUCUCACGAACAGCAACUGGAUAUCAAAUCUCAGAAUAUGAGAUCCAAGUUGCUCUCCUUGCACUUAAUCCAACAUCUCCUCAGCAAUCAUAUCGCGGUUUUUACUUCUCCUCUCUCAACCUUAAAACAUAGCAGCAAUUCCUCCGACUCCAUGACUCUUUUAGAAGCUGUCAAACCGCACCUUUGUCUAAGUCUGAGUAGAAAUGGUGCCAGCUCUGUUCCGCGCGUUUUUGAAGUUGGUUGCGAGAUAUUUUGGCUCAUGCUCAAACAUAUGAGGGUUAUGCUAAAGAAGGAAAUUGAAGUAUUUCUCAAAGAAAUCUACCUCGCCAUUUUGGAAAAGCGGAACUCUCCAAUGUUUCAAAAACUAUAUUUUAUGGACAUUCUAGAGAGGCUGUCCGCUGACCCAAGGGCACUUGUGGAAAUUUAUUUGAAUUAUGACUGUGAUCGGACUGCUUUAGAAAAUAUAUUUCAAGGCAUUAUCGAACAUUUAUCGAGGCAGUCGAGCACUCCUAUAACAGUGACAGCGAUGCAGGAGCAACAAUAUCAGGAACACAGCAAAUCCCAAUCUCCUAAUAAUGAUUGGCACCAGAAAGGAACGCUUCCACCCUCGCUUUCCACAGCGAAAAUGGGCUCUGGAACACCCACAGGCACCCAAAGUAUUCCCCAAGAAUACGUUUUGAAACAACGGGCGUUAGAGUGUCUAGUACAAAUUUUAAGGUCGUUGGAUGUUUGGUCAUCUCGGAAACUCGAAGAACAAAACCCUACACGCCGCGAACUCCAAUCUAGAUCGUCCAUAGGAGGUUCCAGAGAAUCUCUAGAUACGAGCUCUAUUUUCCUAGCGCCAUCACCUAAUACUGAGAGUGGAGACCUUACACCCGGUCAAUCUGCGCCUAUAUUAGAUGAUGAUCCCAAUCAAAUAGAAAAAGUAAAGCAGCGAAAAAUUGCCCUCACGAAUGCUAUCAAGCAAUUUAAUUUCAAACCAAAAAGAGGAAUCAAGGCGCUGCUCUCGGAAGGAUUCAUCCGGUCCAACUCCCCUGUGGAUAUCGCGAACUUCCUAAUUCGAAAUGACCGACUGGAUAAAGCAACUCUUGGAGAGUAUCUCGGGGAGGGCGAUGCAGAAAAUAUUGCCAUUAUGCACGCGUUUGUUGAUUGUAUGGAUUUCAAGAAGCGUCGGUUCGUGGAUGCUCUCCGGCAAUUCUUGCAGAGUUUUCGAUUACCUGGCGAGUCCCAGAAAAUUGACCGGUUCAUGCUUAAAUUUGCUGAGCGAUAUUUAACUGGCAACCCGAAUGCUUUCGCUACUGCUGAUGCCGCCUACGUUCUUGCAUAUUCGGUCAUCUUGUUAAAUACCGAUCUUCACAGCACCAAAAUGAAGGGAAGGCGAAUGACGAAGCAGGAUUUUAUCAACAACAAUCGCGGGAUCAAUGAUAAUAGCGACCUUCCCGAAGAGUACCUCUCCGGUAUUUAUGACGAGAUCGCCAAUAAUGAGAUCGUUCUUAAUACCGAGAGGGAGAAUGCUGCUAAUUUGGGCAUUCCAACACAACCACAACCAGGGUUAGCCACCAGGGCAGGGCAAGUUUUGGCAACGGUUGGCCGAGAUGUACAGGGUGAACGGUAUGCGCAAGCAUCGGAGGAGAUUGCCAACAAAACUGAACAGCUUUAUCGAAGUUUGAUCCGAGCGCAGCGCAAGUCUGCAAUCAAAGAAGCUCUCUCGCGCUUUAUCCCCGCGACCUCGGCGCGGCAUGUUGGGUCCAUGUUCAAUGUUACUUGGAUGUCCUUUCUUUCUGGUCUCUCGGCGCAUGUCCAGGAUACUCAACAAUUAGACACGAUACGUCUUUGUAUGGAGGGAAUUCGUCUGUCAAUCCGCAUCGCUUGCCGAUUCGACCUAGAAACCCCUCGCGUUGCCUUCGUUACCGUGUUGGCGAAGUUUACAAAUCUAGGCAAUCUCAGAGAAAUGAUGGCUAAAAAUAUGGAAGCGUUGAAGGUGCUGCUUGAUGUCGCUAUUACUGAGGGUAACCACUUGAAGGAAUCUUGGCGAGAAAUCUUGACUUGUAUAAGUCAACUUGACAGAUUCCAGCUCCUUACCGAUGGCGUGGAUGAAGGGGCGCUGCCGGAUGUGUCGAUGGCUAGGCUUACUCCACCGUCAACUGCAGAUGCCUCUCGCGCCAGAAAAUCUUCUCAAGCAUACCGACGACCUCGACCUCGCUCCAUGCAAAAUGCAAAUGCGCACUACCGUGUCGAGGUGGCUAUGGAAAGUCGCUCUACAGAAAUGAUUCGUGGCGUUGACCGCAUAUUCACGAACACUGCCAACCUCUCCAACGACGCCAUUGUAGACUUUGUUCGGGCGCUUAGCCACGUGAGCUGGCAAGAAAUCCAAUCUUCUGGCCAAAGUGACUCGCCUCGUACUUACAGCCUCCAGAAAGUUGUUGAGAUCAGUUACUAUAAUAUGACCAGAGUGAGGAUCGAAUGGAGCAGGAUCUGGGAGAUUUUGGGCGAACAUUUCAACCAGGUUGGCUGCCAUACCAAUACGGCCGUUGUAUUUUUUGCUCUCGAUUCUCUCCGCCAGCUUUCCAUGCAGUUUAUGGAAUUGGGAGAACUGCCCGGGUUCAAAUUCCAGAAAGAUUUCCUGAAACCAUUUGAGCACGUCAUGGCCCACAGCACUACGGUUACCGUCAAGGAUAUGGUACUUCGCUGUCUCAUCCAGAUGAUUCAGGCUCGUGGUGAUAAUAUUCGGUCUGGAUGGAGAACUAUGUUUGGUGUUUUCAGUGUUGCUGCGCGAGAGCCCUAUGAGGGAAUCGUUAGCAUGGCAUUUGAGCACGUCCUGCAAGUCUACACAACUCGUUUUGGUGUUAUCAUUACCCAAGGCGCUUUCGCAGACCUCAUUGUGUGCCUCACAGAUUUCUCGAAAAACCUCAAGUUCCAGAAAAAGUCGCUGCAGGCAAUUGAAAUAUUGAAAUCCACCAUUCCUAAAAUGCUUAAGACUCCUGAAUGCCCGCUGUAUCAACGCCGCCCUGGAGAAGAAGGAGCUGAUGUACCGACUCAACCCCUGCAGCCAAGUCGACAAUCGGCGGAAGAGCAAUUCUGGUAUCCUGUCUUGAUUGCCUUCCAGGACGUACUGAUGACUGGUGAUGAUCUUGAAGUUCGAUCAAGGGCGUUGAACUAUCUUUUCGAGACUUUAAUCCGAUUUGGAGGAGACUUCCCUCCAGAAUUUUGGGAUAUCCUUUGGAGACAACUGCUUUAUCCUAUCUUCAUCGUCCUCCAGUCGAAAUCAGAGAUGUCGAAGGUGCCAAAUCAUGAAGAAUUGUCUGUUUGGCUUUCAACCACAAUGAUCCAAGCUCUACGUAAUAUGAUUACUCUGUUCACACAUUACUUUGACUCCCUCGAGUAUAUGUUGGAUCGGUUUUUGGAGCUACUCACUUUAUGUAUAUGCCAAGAGAACGACACGAUUGCACGAAUUGGCAGCAACUGUUUGCAACAACUUAUCCUACAAAACGUCUCCAAAUUCCAGGAGAAGCAUUGGACGAAAAUCGUAGGGGCUUUCGUGGAAUUGUUCGAGAAGACCACUGCCCAUGAACUAUUUACUGCAACUACCACAACACCUUUCAAGGAAUCAGAGGCUCAAAAACGCAAUGCCGAAAAUGCGGCAAGUGAAGAGUCUUCUGACAAAGCUAUGAAUGAAGAGCUUUCGUCGACUUCUAUGCCUACGAAGGUUAAUGGAAAUACUCAUUUUGAUGGGGAAAGUCAUGAUGCGGAGGAUAGCCAAUUGAAUCCUGGCCAACUUCCCCCAGCCGCAUCUUCGGAGCUUGAAGAUUACCGUCCCCAAUCCCAAAUGGGCCAACCUCCUGCAAUAGUGACAGUUGCACGAAGACGCUUCUUCAACGGAAUCAUCACCAACUGCGUUCUACAGUUACUAAUGAUUGAGACCGUCCACGAGCUCUUCUCGAAUGAUGCCGUCUACGCACAGAUACCCAGCCAGGAACUUCUCCGCCUCAUGGCACUCCUUAAGAAGAGUUACCAGUUCGCAAAAAAAUUCAACGAAGCCAAGGAUCUCAGGGUCCAACUGUGGCGGCAGGGUUUCAUGAAGCAGCCGCCGAAUCUUCUCAAACAAGAAAGCGGAAGUGCUGCUACAUAUGUCAAUAUUCUGUUCCGCAUGUACCAUGAUGAAGGUGACGAACGGAGGAACAGCAGAGCCGAGACAGAAGCUGCACUUAUCCCCCUAUGCGCGGAUAUCAUUCGUGGUUAUGCCCAUCUGGAUGAAGAAACCCAGCAACGCAAUAUCGUGGCGUGGCGACCAGUAGUCGUGGACGUUAUGGAAGGAUACACCGGCAUGCCCCGUGAGACUUUCGAAAAGCACAUUGAAACCUUCUAUCCAAUCUGCAUUGAUCUUCUUGGCCGCGAUCUCAACAAUGACGUUCGGCUUGCCUUGUACUCCUUUCUCCGUCGUGUAGGAGAGUGCCGUCUCGGAAUGCCUCCGUACAUCCCACCAGAAACACCCUCCAGCCCACGGAGUUUUACUUCUCAACACUAUUUUAAUGGCAGCAGGCGGCGUAGUAAAGGAAGGUGA